AUGGUUCAACUCGCCCACAUUUUCAAGAAGGACAAGGACAAGGAGAAACCAAAUCUUGAUAGUUCGCGACCAAGAACUUCUUUCUCCGCCUCACGCUCUCCAUCCACCAAAUCCCCGAAGUCUCCGACCAAAUCUCCCGCCAAAUCCCCCUCCAAAUCUUCUAAACCUUCUUACUUCUCCCAUAGUCGGUCUACUUCUUCCGGACCGACCAACUUCAAAUUCUCCCGCUCUUCGCGUGAUCAGGACACUCACCCUCUCAACCUACCGCCCGACGAGUUACGUCGACGAUUGUCCGCCAUGGCUGCUUCCAGAGACGACCAGCGCAGCUCCAUGGAUAUUGAUCCCCAAGAACAGCAGAAUGGCGUGAACGGCAAGGAGGAACGGAGUCCCACCCCGCCUCCUCACCGGCCCACUGCUGCUUCUGCCGAUGAGGCCGACUCAUUCAAGUUGGCUGGUAACAAAUUCUUCAAGGAUGGCAACUACCGACGAGCCAUCGAGGAGUACAACAAGGCCAUCGAGAUUAACCCCAACUCAUCCGCCUAUCUGUCUAACCGCGCUGCGGCCUACAUGUCCGCCAAGCAAUACUUGAACGCGCUCGAGGAUGUUCAACGCUCCAACGAACUCGACCCCAACAACCCUAAGAUCCUGCACCGAUGGGCUAAGAUUCUGACAAGUCUGGGUCGCCCCCAAGAAGCCUUGGACGUGCUGUCCCGCGUGCAGCCCCCCGCAAGUGCGACCGACCGCGCUCCCGCCGAGAAGAUGCUGCGCGCCGUCACACAAGCCGAGGAGACAUUAGCCGAGAACCGCGGUGUAUCGAUGGUCAUCUUCUGUCUGGACCAGGCACGACAAGGUCUUGGAUCAACUGUUAAGGAGCCUCGCAAGUGGACACUUUUGGCCGCCGAGGCCCAGCUCAAGCUGAACAACCCCAACUCAAUUGGCAAGGCGCAGGAUAUUGCCAUUUCUCUGCUCCGUGAGAACAGCCAGGACCCGGAUGCGAUGAUGAUCCGGGCCCGGGCUUUCUAUGCCCUCGGCGAGUCCGACCAGGCCCUUAAGCUCCUGAAGAUGUGUCUCGGGCUGGACCCGGAUAUGAAGCCAGCUAUUAAGCUACUACGCAUCGUGCAGAAGUUGGCUCGCACCAAGGAAGAAGGAAAUAAUGCCUUCAAGGCCAAGGACUACCGUCGUGCCAUCGACCUCUGGGCUCAGGCUCUUGAAGUAGACCCCUCUAACAAGGAUAUGAACGCCAAGAUUCUUGGAAACCGUGCUCAGGCUUACAUUAACCUGAAGGAGUACGACUCUGCCAUUCAGGAUUGUACCGAGGCUCUCCGCCUGGACCCUGGUUACGUUAAGGCCAUGAAGGUCCGCGCCAAGGCCCACGGUGGUGCCGAUAACUGGGAGGAAGCCAUCCGCGAUUACAAGAGUGUUGCUGAGAACAACCCCGGCGAGGCCGGCAUCGCGGAGGAGAUUCGCCGUGCUGAGUUCGAGUUGAAGAAGUCUCAGCGCAAGGACUAUUAUAAGAUCCUGGGGGUUGGCAAGGAUGCUAGCGACCAGGAGAUCAAGAAGGCCUACCGCAAGAUGGCUAUUCAAUACCACCCGGACAAGAACCGGGAUGGUGAAGCCGGUGAUGAGAAGUUCAAGGAAGUCGGCGAGGCAUAUGAGACUUUGAUUGACUCUCAAAAACGCGCUGCUUAUGAUAAUGGCGAUGACCUGAUGGACCCCAGCGACAUGUUCGGCGGCGGCGGCGGCUUUGGCGGUGGCGGCUUCGGUGGCAUGGGAGGCAUGGGCGGCAUGGGCGGUGCCAGCCACGUCAACAUCGACCCCAACAUCCUCUUCAACAUGAUGAACGGCGGCGGCGGCGGCGGUUUCGCCCAAGCCGGCGGCAACCCCUUCGGCGGCCAGUCUCGCGGCGGCGGUGGCUUCCCCGGCGGCGGCUUCCCAUUCUAA